GAAAUUAGUAGUAAACAAGACACGUUGUGGAGAGAGUGGCUGGUGAAGCGUUGCUGCAAAAAAAGUUAUAUUUUGUAUAAACGAUUGCUGUUAUUCUUGAACAACUUAGCUUAAUAAAAACCCUCAAUUUUGUUGCUAAAUUCUAAAAUUAAUGUUGCUUAUAUUAUCAAGUUAGUUGACUUGGUAAAAAGUCAAUUCUUUGUCGUGACACAUUGCACAUCCAUCUAGCGGGCACUAACCAGAGGGAAGUCAAGCCAGCGAUAUGGGUGAUUCGGACGGUAAAUCCAUCCCUACAGCUUCGCAAAAUAUGAUGCAGCCUACGACAAUAACUGAUCGAAAUGAAUUGACAAAUGGAGCUUUAUUGAAAUUGCAUAAAAAAGACAGAACACGAAGUAAAAGUGAGAGUCACCACCCAUCCCAAGAAAACCCUAAUGAAUUGGUUGGCAUUGUUGUGAGGUCUGCAAAAGACAGAACACAUGAUCGCAAACCUAAAAAUUUAAAAGGAAAUGGAAAACCUAAAAAAGCUGGAGGUGGUGGCAAAGGUACUUGGGGUAAAAAUGGUGAGGUAUAUGAAGAAGAGAGCGAAGACCCAAAAGAUCCUAAUUAUGAUUCUGAAGAAAACAAGGAUAAUGAUGUUGUCAUGACUGAAGUUAUUCCUGAUCUGACAUCCUCUGAGUUUGAUAAUGUUGUCACACCAAUAAUAAUGGAAUACUAUGAUCAUGGUAUAACUGCUGAAGUUAGUGCAUCACUAAAAGAAUUAAACAUCACACACCUCAAGCAUCGAAUUGUUUAUCUGGCAGUUGUUAUGGCUAUGGAAAAAAAGGGUGCUCAACGAGAGCAAACAUCUGUUCUAAUUUCAGAUUUGUAUGGAGACAGAAUUGUGUAUGAACAGGAUGUGGAACUAGGCUUUCAAGCACUGAUGAACGCUUUAUCCGAACUUAAGUUGGAUACCCCGGAUGCCGCGCAGGUGUUAGGUCAGUUCAUGGCCAGAUGUGUAGCUGAUGACUGUUUAAAUCCGUGUUACAUCAAGGAUCAUUUAGAACAUCCAACUGAAUUAUCAAGAAAGGCACUCGAAGCAGCUCAUAAGCUAUUACAAAUGAAACACGGAAUUGUACGAUUGGAUAACGUCUGGGGUUUUGGUGGUGGAAUAAGACCUGUGAAAACAUUAAUUAAAAAGAUCGUGCUUCUAAUAAACGAAUAUCUUUCAUCUAAAGAUAUGAGAGAAGCAGAAAGAUGUGUCAUGGAUCUUGACGUGCCUCACUUUCAUCAUGAGAUUGUAUACGAGGCCAUCCUUAUAGCAUUGGAAAAUGGUAGCGAGUACACAUUGAACAGAAUCACCGAAUUGUUGAAACAUCUGACUGAAAACACAAUGAUCACAACAGACCAAGUGAACUCUGGUUUUGAACGUGUUUAUAACAACAUGGAUGACAUCGUCUUAGACAUGCCACGUGCGUACAAACAUUUGGAUUCUUUACUUGAACUUUGCUGCAGGGCUGAUGUCAUCUCGUUGGCUUUACGACAGAAAGCACCGUCGAGGGGACGCAAACGAUAUGUGAGUGAGGGCGACUUCGGAAUGUCAUCAAAACCACUAUUUAAUUAAACUUAUGAUGACACUUCUCAGCACGUGGCCACAUGGUGUGCAAGAACAAGUCUAGAGUGUUGUUUUCCUUGAUUGCUUUGUAUUCGUUUUUCUCGUGUUUGUGUUGUAAGGAUUGCUACCAAAUAACAAAAGUUAGGUGCUAUCAUAGAAGCUAAUUUUUGGACAUUUUUAUGGGCUGUUAAUAAUUCACCGUGUUUUUUUUUUGUGAAAUAUAAGAGACUUUAGAAAUUACUAGAGAUUUAAUAUCUAAAAUUAUUAAAUGUUACUUUAAAGUUUUGGUGGCUACCCUACCAUAAGUUGGUGUUGUAAAAUACUAUAGUGUUUUAAGGCUGUAUUCUUUUUGUGGACGUUGUAGUGUGUCUAUUAAGUAAUUCGAGUUAUUUUCAACUUUUUUUGUCAGACUUUUUUGGAUGUUUUUACCCGAAGUAUAUCUCCUCGCCUUUUUUAACUGUUUCGUUAGAUUCAUGACUCGUUAUAAACGUUUUUAUUGCAUGUUACUACGUAUACGGAGCCUGUGUAAACACAUAUAUAUUUUAAAAAUAAAACCUAUACCUUAUUAAGCGUGUUUGCGUUUUAAAGAGAUUAGAAUUUCAUUUUAUUUUCCGUAUGGUGGAGUAUUAUCAAAAUAAUCCCGCGUCUAAUAUACAUGGUCCUUUAGAAUAAUUAACGAAUCCUACACUUGUGAAAAUUCAAAAAAAGAACCUGUAUGUUGUUAGUUUUUCAGUGUAUGUGAAAAGUAGGGGUGAUUAUAUAUGUGUAUUUGAGUUAAACACAAAACUGUAUAAAUAAUUUGAGAUUGUCGUAUUUUAUAAAUACUUUUUAAGGAGGAUAAAUGUAAUGAAAAA